AUGGAGAAGACUUCAACAAUGAACAUCGACCACCUUGACGACAGCCCGAGACACUCGACGAUGGAGAAAGUCCCCCACGAUGAACACUCACCGCUUGAGUUCACGCCGGAGAUGGAGAAGCGCGUCCUUCGGAAAAUGGACCUGCGGUUGAUUCCGAUGCUGUCGCUGCUGUAUUUGCUGGCGUUUCUGGAUCGAGGGAAUAUCGGGAAUGCCAAGAUCGAGGGGAUGCUGGACGAUUUGAAUAUGACGGGACCGCAGUAUAAUUGGACAUUGACGGUGUUCUUCUUCACCUACGCUGCGUUCGAGCUGCCGAGUAACUUGCUCUUGAAGAAAUUGAGGCCCUCGCGAUGGCUGCCGUUGAUCAUGAUUGCGUGGGGAAUUGUCAUGACAUUGAUGGGAGUGGUCCAGAGCUAUGAAGGGCUGUUGAUUGCUCGUCUAUUUCUCGGUCUAGCUGAAGCAGGCCUUUACCCCGGAACCGCAUAUUACAUCACCCUCUGGUACCCCCGUCAUCGAGCGCAGUACCGACAAGCCAUGUUCUUUAGUGCGGCCAGCAUUGCGGGAGCUUUCUCGGGCAUCCUAGCCUAUGCCAUUGCGAAAAUGGACGGCGUCGGUGGACAUGAAGGCUGGCGCUGGAUCUUCAUUUUAGAAGGUCUCCUUACAGUUGUCGUGGCAUUCAUUGCUCCAUUUGCCAUUUACGACUCACCCGAAACAGCCACCUUCUUGACCGAGGAAGAGCGACAGUUCGUCCUUCAUUCCGUCCGCUUUCAAACUUCUGCAGGGCACAUUGGCCACAUGGUCGAAGAGGAGGAAAUCAAAUUCCGACCUCGUUAUGUGAUCGACGCCUUGCUGGACUGGCAGGUCUACGUUGCAUUGAUCAUGUUCUGGGGCAUCUCAUGCCCUUUAUACGGCAUAUCCUUCUUCCUACCAACCAUCAUCAAGGAUCUGGGCUACACCUCCUCCACAGCCCAACUACUCACCGUCCCGAUCUACGUCACGGCCGCGAUCGUCGGAAUAAUAGGGGCAUGGGUAUCUGACCGACGGUGCCAACGGUCCCCAUUCAUCCUUUUCUUCAUGUUCCUCAUCGCCCUCGGCUUUGUCGUUGUUCUCGCCUCCACCGGCAAAGGCGUCCCGGGCGUAGUCUACUUCGGCGUCUUCCUCGCUGUAAUCGAGAAAGGAAUCUACCCCGCGUUCCCAGGAAACGUCACCUGGUUGAGCGUCAACCUCGCAGGCGACUAUAAGCGCGCCGCCGGCAUGGCCAUGCACAUCGGUCUUGGGGGUCUAGCAGGCGCCAUGGCGUCAAAUUUCUACCGCGCGCAAGACGCACCGGAGUAUGUUCUCGGGCACGCGCUGGAGCUCGGGUUCUGUGGCAUCGGGAUGAUUGCUGUCUUGGUUCUGCGGUUUUCGUAUAAGACGAUUAAUAAAAAGCGAGAGCGCGUUGAUGUGUCUGCGUAUGAUCCGAGCGAGAUGGCGAAGAUGGGGGAUCGGUCGCCGAUGUUUAGGUAUAUGCUUUGA